CAAAAUGAAACGAAAACAUUGAAUUAGGUUGAUUCAUGGGUUAGUAAACAGAACUCAAUUGAUGAACUGAAUGAAGAUCCGUAGUACAAAAUUUGUGGGUGUUUACUAACAAUAUGUUUAUUGUUUUUAUUGUGACAGCAAUGGCUAGCGGGGAAGAAACCCCGGCAGUUGAGCAAGGAGCAGCUUCUAGUACACCACGAGUGUCAACAAAGAAUGUACGGGCCAAAACUGAUCCGACUUGGAAUCAUUGUACCUUUCAUCUUGAGGGAAAGGUUGAGGUACGCACUUGCAUAUAUUGUGAGAAAGUAUUCAGAGGUGGAGGAAUCACUAGAAUGAAAAACAUCUAGCUGGAGUUAGUGGGGAUAAUGCUGUAUGUACAAAGGUUCCUCCUGAGGUGAGGCAAAACUUGAGCAAACUUUUGACUGAUUUUGAAGCUAAUAAGAAGAAAUCUGAACUUAUCAAAGUUGGAUUUAAAGAACCUCGUGAGACUAGUUCUUCUAGUGCACAUGAUGAUGGUAAUAGUUCUAAAAGAGUUGCUACUUCCACAAAUGUGUCUACUGGAUCAGUUGAAACUUUCUUUGCUCCACGAUCAACUUCUGGUAGCCAACCGGGAAUAAAGAGUGCCUUAGCAACUAAAGAAGCUGUAUUGUAUGUAGAUCGAGCAUGGGCUAUAUGGUUCUAUGAUGCAUGUGUUCCUUUAGAAGCAAUUAAAUCUCCACAGUUUAAAAUUGCAUUGGAUGCUUCUUUAACCCUUGGUCCUGGUUAUGGUGGUCCUACAUAUUAUGCUUUGAGGUUUACUUUAUUGGAUAACAUUGUGAAAGAAUGUCAGAUAUUGAUUGAGAAUCUUAGAUCUCAUUGGAAGGAAUCUGGAUGCACCAUUAUGGAAGAUGGUUGGACAGAUAAUAGGCAUAGAUCUUUUAUCAACUUUUUGAUUUAUUCUUCUAAUGGCACAUGCUUUGUGAAAUCCGUUGAUGCUUCUGGUAUGGUGAAGACGGGAAAGAACUUGUUUAAGUUGUUUAGUGGGGUCAUUGAUUGGGUUGGGGCAGAGAAUGUUGUGCAGGUGGUGACGGAUAAUGCAUCUAAUUAUAGAUCUGCAGGGAAGAUGAUUCAUGACCAUUAUGGUAAUAUAUAUUGAACUCCUUGUGUUGCUCAUACCCUGAAUUUACUUCUGCAAGACAUUGGAGGGCUGCCUCAUGUUAGGACUCUUGCAUAUCGAGCAACCAAAAUCUCUAAAUUUGUUUAUAAUCAUGGCCCACUUUAUUACUGGUUGAAGACAAGAGAUAAUUGGAAAGAAAUAGUGAGGCCUGGAGCUACAAGAUUUGCAACUACAUUUCUGCGUUUGCAAAGUAUUUUUGAGCAUAUGAAUGACUUGGAGGCUCUAGUGAUCAGUGAAUUCUUUCGAGAUAGUGAAUUCUCAAAAAUGCAGGUUGGAAAGGAUGUGAAGUCAAUUGUACUGGAUCAAUAGUUUUGGGUGGAUUGUGACUUCAUAGUUAAGUUGACAAUGCCAAUAGUGAAAUUACUUCGCAUUGUGGAUUCAUAUAGUAAACCAACUAUGGGGUAUGUACAUGAUGGGAUGAUUAGAGUGUCAAAAGCUGUGAAGGCUAUUUGUGAAGAUAAGGUGGAGCAGUACAAGCCUUACAUAGACCUCAUUAAUAAGAGGUGGGAUAAACAUUUGAGCCGUGAUUUGUUUGUGGCAUCAUACUUCCUUAAUCCGGCUUUCAAGUAUGCCAACGAUUUUGAAGAUACAAGGCCUAUUAAAAAUGGCAUUCUUGAUCUUCUUGAGAACCAAUCCUUAUGUCCUGAUACAAAUGUGGUGCUUGAGGAGCUGACUUUGUAUUCUUAACGAAAAGGUAAUUUUGGGAGGAAGCAAGCAAUUGAUUCUGUGCAAAAGCUACAACCAGGUAAUUGAAUUUAUGUACAUUAAUACUAGUUCUGUUUAUUAAGAAUUAAGAAACUAACAUGUAUGCUUAAUAUGCAGAUAAGUGGUGGAAAUGGUUUGGUAUUGAUGUUCCGCAUCUGCAGAAGUUGGCUAUUCGCAUUCUUAGCCAAAAUGCUUCUUCUUCUGGCUCUGAACGUAAUUGGAGUGUAUUUGAACGUGUGCACACCAAAAGAAGAAACAAAUUGCAGCACAAAAUGCUUAGUGAUUUGGUGUUUGUGAAUUACAACUUGCGACUGCAGAAUAGGUAUGAAUAAACUUGUGAAUUAUUAUUUGUUCUAGUUUUUAUAUUUACUAUUGAACUGAAUCAAUAUAUGCAUUCCACUUUGACUAGAGAGUAUUAUGCCAUGAAGAACAAAGAAUCAUAUGAUCCCAUAUCUCUUGAAAGCAUUCAUUCUGAUAUUUCUACUGAGUGGUUGAUAGAAGAGAAUGAAGGUGCAUCUUCUAAAGACAAGGAAUUGGAUAUUGAUGAGCUCGAUCGAGCACUUGCAGAGGAAGGUUUGUGAAUUAGUUAUUAUGAUGUGAAUUCUAAUACGUCAUAAUUUAUAAUGCUUCUUACUUGUUUUUUUUUUUUUUUUUGUAUUCUAGUUAGUGAUGAAGCAGAUGAAGGAGACGAGUUCCUGAAUGUUGACUUUUCUACAUUUGGAGUUGCUUGAAAAUAUGGAUUUGAUUUCAAACAAAAGAUCCAAUUAGUAGUUUCUACUUUCUAGUUUGAGACAUUGAACUUGUGGUUUGUGAACAUUAAAGUUUAAACUUGUGGUUUGUGAAACAUUAAGCUUGUGGUUUGUCAACAUUAAGCUUGUGGUUUUUGUACUAGUUUCUAAAAAUGUAUUUGGAUGAUUAUGAGGUUUAUUAGGUAUUGAAAUCUCGCACUUUGUUGAAUGUUACCUAAGCUUAUUUACUCUUUUACAGUUUCUUAGGCGGUAUAAUCCGGUUUUAUUCCGGUAUUUUCCCGGUAUGGUACCCUAAUUUUGUCGGUACGGUUUUUUAACAAAAUAUUAAUUUUUUUAUUCCAAAAACGGUAUUUGCCGGUAGGAAACGGUUGAACCAUGGUUGUACCACGAUUUUACCAUGCCAAAAACGAUUCCGGUUUGAUGUCCGGUACGGUUUCGUAAUCCAUGGUUUUGAUAAGUGACUCAGGCUUCCUACACGGCCACGACCCACACGGCCGUGUGGAAUUCCAGGAUGCCCGUGUGAGUUCCCUGGAAUUUCCACACGGCCACAGGGGGUCACCUACAUAGCCCGUGUGACUUUGCCAGUGCAAUUUGGUGCCACAUGGCCAGGCCACACGACCGUGUAGGUUUUAGGCGUGCCCGUGUGGCUCCAUCAGCUUCACGCCACAUGUCCAAUCUUCAUCCAAUCGACCCCGAACUCGUCCCCAAACCUUCAUUCACGUACUAGGACCUGAAAUAUCACAAACAAGAACAACCUAGCGUGAAAUUGGCCUAAAACACGAGAAUCGACAUCUCAAACGGCUCAAGAAUAGGGGUAAAAAUAUGUGCAAUUAACGGUCUAUCAAACUCACUCUAAGAUUUAUCAUUGUGAUGUGUGUCAUUAUUCCAAACACAAACGUUUACCUUUCCCCAUUAGCACCAGUGUUGCAAAAUGUGCCUUUGAACUAUUACAUGUUGACAUUUGGGGCCCCUUAUCUGUUGUUUCCUAUGAUGGUUAUUCCUAUUUCUUGACUGUUGUGGAUGACUACUCACGAGGAGUAUGGGUUUUCCUUAUGAAACAUAAACAUGAGACAAGGGG